UCUUUCAAAUGUUGUAGAAUAUCAGUUGCAAAUGAUGGAUCGGAAGAAAAUUUACUUUUUGAUUAUGAUUUAGUUGAAGGAUAUAAAGCCAAUGAAUAUAUUUUUAAUUAUAAUGAAAGAUCCGAUUUUACAACCUCAACCUAUUUAGAUUUCUCUUCCCAACAACAUUUUUUACCUCAAAGUUCUUCAUCUCAAGAUCCUCCAUUCCAAGGUCCUCUGUUUCAAACUCUUUCGCUACAAAGUUCUCCACCCUCAAGUUUUCCGCCUCAAAGUUCCCUGCCUCAAAGUUUCCUGCCUCAAAGUUCCCUGUCUCAAAGUUCCCCACCUCAAAGUUCUCCACCUCAAAGGUGUCUUAUCUCAAAGUUUCCCGCCUCAAAAGCUUCUGCCUCAGCAAUACUUACUGUCCCAACAAGGUCCUCCACACCAACAGCCCCACUUCCAACAGAACCUCUUACAGCAAGACUAUCCGGCUCUACAAUACUUUUUACCCCAACAAUCUUUAACUCAGGAU